AUGUUCUGGAAAUACCAUAAAGCCAUUCUUCAUCACCAUACUUCUCUCAAUCCUACCAUAACCUUAAACAACCGCACAGCAAAGUCGCCAAAAGAAAAAGCAGAACUAUUUAACACCUAUUUCUGUUCCGUCUUCCGUCCUGCUAAGACCACCAUGAACCCUGACAAUUCCACCUCCUUUUUGAUUUCCUCUUCCCAACUGUCCGACAUUACCAUCUCAGAAGAAGAAGUUGCUGAACACCUAUACCACCUGGAUCCAUCUAAAGCUACUGGUCCUGAUGGUAUUCCCGGCCGGAUUCUGAAAGAAUGCAGCGCUAUUAUCGCUCCAAGCCUUUGCUCACUUUUCUACCACUCCCUUCGCACUGGAUCUGUUCCUUCGGAAUGGAAAUCCGCUAAUGUCACACCCGUUCAUAAGAAAGAGAAAAACGAACCUGCCACAAACUACCGACCAAUAUCCCUACUAUCCAUUAUUAGCAAAGUCUUGGGGCGAUGCGUUUGUAUUCGAUUCUAUGAUCAUGUUCGGGUCAUGAUAAAUGACGCUCAGCACGGAAGGAAUGGAUUCCUUCAUGGUCGCUCGUGUAUCACCCAACUUCUGACAACUCUUCAUCGAAUCGUACAACUACUCUAUAAUAAUAUCCAGACGGACGUUAUCUUCCUUGAUUUCGCAAAGGCCUUCAAUUCGGUUGAUCAUAACAUUCUCCUAAUGAAACUUAGAAUGUAUGGAAUAUCUGGAAACCUUUAA